UGUUGUAUUUUUUCGGUUUGCUGCUAAUUUACGAAGUGCGAUAUUAAAAUAAACAUAAAAAAGGUCAAAUAAAAGACGGGAACAAUUCUGGCACAUAGUUCGUUUCGGUUCAUCAUACGUAAAUCGGUGUUAAAACGUAAUAUUAAACUACAAAAAGUUAUGGCGUCCCUUCUCCUUUUCGUACGAAUUUAAAUCGGCGUUUGCGUGUAGGAUCUCGAGACGCGAGCACGUAAAUUUUGAUUUUGUUGUUAAAUUCAACGCUUAAAGUAACAAAAACCGGCGGGGAAGUGUUCGCAAAUCGGUCUUUUCGAUGUCGUGUUAAAUGUUAUCGGAAGAACAAGAAGAUGGCGUCCUAUUUUAAAUUCGUUUGUUUGCGUUUAAAACUUACCGUUUGGUGUAUGUUUUUCGUGUUUGGAAUCAAGACGCCUAAGAUUUCAUUGAUAUGUUGAUGUGGGGGACAAAAUAUGGACACACUUCAAGAAACGCCAGAACAAGCACCUUUACCUGUAAGUGAUCAGUGUUCAGAAAUCAUUGAGGGCAGUACCGCAGGUGCUCCAAAUUGUGAAAGUGUCUGUGAUAGUAAUGCGAACAGUGACGAAUAUUCCGUUUCAAAAGAGCCAAAGAUAACAAGCGUACCGCCGGUGAAGUCUUCUUCAAUACAGUCGCUGUCAAGGAUAGCAAGACCUUGUGCAGGCCAUCAGAAGCCAGCUGUACCGGCGACACCUACGAAAUAUUAUACGUUAAGAAGUCUCGCCGACGAUUUUGGGAGGCAGAAACUGACGGUUGGCUCCAUGGACACCAUUUGGGAAACCCACCCUCAUCGCCUGAACGAAGCGGGUCUCGUUCGGCACUCAGAUAGCAGCGUCUUGACGGAAGAUACGGACAGUUUCAUAAUCGGUGACAAAGUGUGGGUAGGUGGAUGCAAACCUGGACAAAUCGCAUAUAUCGGAGAGACCCAAUUUGCACCCGGCGAAUGGGCCGGCAUUGUACUAGACCAGCCGAUUGGCAAGAAUGAUGGUUCAGUGAGUGGAAUACGUUACUUCCAAUGCGAACCAAAGCGCGGCGUCUUUUCACGUCUGACACGACUAACGCGAUCGCCUUUCCCUGAAGCCGAAGACGCUGAUCAUUUUACAACACCCGUCAGUGAUGGAGCGAAACACCGAGUGGGAAGUCCACUAUCUCCAACUGGAAGUACCAAAAGUCUGCGAAAAUCUCCAUCACUCAGUACUUCCAACACAAGCCUGGUAUCGGCCACCAACCACGUCGAUUUCAAAAUCGGCGAUAGAGUAAUCAUAAAGUCAACCCAAGGUUCUAAAGUCGGCACCUUACGUUACAUGGGCGCGACGGAAUUCGCGCUCGGAGAAUGGUGCGGAAUUGAAUUAGACGAGCCCCGCGGAAAGAACGACGGAUCCGUGGAAGGUGUUAGGUAUUUCGAAUGUCGACCGCAGUACGGUUUGUUCUCGCUAGUCACGAAGGUGAGUAAGUCGCCUUUAAAAUAUAAACCCGGAAAUUGCGCCAUACAUUCGGGCGCUCGUCUUCCCCCUUCCGGAAUGAAACGGACCGGUUCGAAGGAGUCGAUGUUGUCGAUGACAUCCUCGAUUACCAGUACCGCUUCUAAUACACGUCGGGUAAGGCUCGGAGUGAAUUCGUUAACUCCACAGAUAGUAACACCCAAAGCACCAUCAAACAAUUUUCCAUCGAGAAGUGCUUUACAGGUAACGUUCAAGGGAUUAUAAUGCAGAUGGCGACACCACCACACAACUACCAUCACUUGUACCGCUAAUUUACAAGGUGUAAACAAUUAAAGAUUUAAUUUAGAUUUAUGUCGCUACUAAUUGUUAUAUUAGAUUAUUAUUAAUUGAAGAAAUAAAUAAUCUAUUGUUUUUUUGCAAAUCUCCAUUCACUGUUGCAUUAUGUUUUAAUUUAAGCGUGUUAAUGUAUAAUUUUGUAGUAGGUUUAUAUUGCUGUUUUUACGAAAAAAAAUAAUUAAACUCUAAUCGACUGUGUCGCAA